UUGGAUUAGGAGGCAGAACUUGGGAAACGAUAAAACUUUAGUUUUUAAUGUGCAGCGGACCGCAGUGUUUUACCUUGGUGAAAAGAAGAGUCUUUGAUGAUUGUGGAAAUAAGCCGCGACAACACUGAAUGUCUAGACACCAGUCGUCUUCAUCAGACAAACCCUGCCGCUGCCUCAGAAUAAGGUGUGUGAAAUCGUGAUUCAUCAAGCUGUUCCGUGAUCACUCAGAGGGCAGGAGACCUGACCAGCAUUUUUAAGGUCUCUGGUUAAAAGUCUGCAGGGGGCUCACCAUGGUGCAGGAGAAGAGUGACGGGAUAAACAAAGACAUGGUCCUUCCAUCAAAUCAGCAGAAUAGACCUGCACUGUCCUGGGAAUUGAAGAUCAAGAAAAAGCUGAGGACUGUGCCGCCCUGUCUUGGCAAGUUCAGACCAGUUGUGGGCCAGUGCUGCCACCAGUGCACCCCUGACAGCUUGCGCAAGAAGCUUGGACAAAACUCCUCCCUGGGCUUCCACAACCUGCUGAGUGUCAACGAGACACAAACCAGGUAUCGAGGUUGGCUGGUGCGGAGGGUGUGCUGUGCUCUGUUUGUGAGUGGGUGCAAGGUUUACGCGAGUCCUGUUAGCAACAGACUGGAGAGAGUCUGUCAGAGCAACAGGGUGAAGGAGGUGCUCACAGCAGAGCAUAAAGCACCUGAGGGGGCAGACAGCCGAGGGCAACUCAACCGCCUCUCACCAUUCCUCCCCCUCAUCAAAACCUGCAUCUCCCCUGGCCUCUUACGAUUCGUGAGCUGGGUGAUGCUGAAGAUGUUUGCUUCUGUAUUUGGCAGUAUUGAAGUUAACCUCAACCAUCUGCAGGAUUUGCACAAAGUCUCACAAGAGGGAUCUCUGCUGGUUUAUGUGCAUGUGCGUCAGAGCAUCAUGGACUGUGCUCUCAUCCCUCUGGUGCUCUUCUGUCACAAUCUGAGGGUUCCAUACACCGUGUGUCCUCUCCAGGUUAACAGCUCCUCCUUAAGAUCGAUCCUGCAGAAAGUAGGUGUAGUCCUCCUGCCACCCGCUGUGCUGACUGAGCAGGAAGCUGAGAAGGACAGUCUGUUCUCACCCGUCAUGACCUCUCUGGUACGUGAGCUGCUACAUGAGGGCCAGGUGAUAAGUGUUGGAGUGUCAGCAGAGUCUGGCCGAGGUGGCCAGUGGCUGGCUCGCAUCAGACAGCUCAUCAAAGAGGGAUCUGUCCCCGAUGUCAGUCUGGUCCCUGUGGGCAUCUCCUAUGACUGCGUGCCCAAAACCAACAUACAGGUGGAUGUCAGCUCAAGCACUGUGCUGCAGUGGCUUUGGUCUGUUCUCUGGGGGAGACCAGGAGGAAGUGUGAGGAUCCAUCUCGCGCAGCCCUUUUCUCUCAAGGAGAUGUGCGAGUCAGGGAGGUGCAGAGUAGAUGAAUGGCUCCCUCUACAGGACCUGUUGCUGCCUGUUAUCCUCAACAACAGAACUGAAAGUGUGUUUGGACGGAGGCGGAUGUCGUGGCUCCUGCCUUCUUCUCAUUAUGCGUCUGAACAGGAAGAGCCAACUCAUCCAGAGAGAGACCUCAGCAUCGCCAUCAUCCUCCACCUCAUCUUCUCUGCAACUUCCUGCAUGGCUGUGAUGUCCACUAGUCUGGUGUCCAGUCUUUUGUUGUACAAACACCGCAAGGGUGUGAGUGCAUCUGUCCUGUGUCGUGACGUGUCUUGGCUCACGGAGGAACUGUUGUUCAGGAACAAAGACGUGGGCUUUGGGGGAACUUUAGUGGAGGUUGUCCACUAUUCCCUCUCUCUGCUUGCACCUCACCUCAUCAUGGCUGCAGUGCCGUCUAGGAAAGACCCUUUUAUUGUGGCCCGUCCCUCUCUUGCUGCCAUCCUUCACCUCACCCUCCAGGCCCAGAUUGUCACACACGCUUUUAUAUUGGAAGCUGUUGGUGCAUGCGCUGUGUCUGCCAUGCUCUGCGAGGUGGCCGUCAGUGGCGUCAGCAGCCGGGUGAGGAGUGAUGGCGUGGACGGAGAGGAGGUCAGGGGUGACAUGGAGUUUGAUGUGGUGCUCUGCCAGUCCGAACUGACUGAGCGAGCCCUGCAGCUCUGCCAUCUCCUGCCUCCGGGCUUCGUGCCGCCCUGUCAGUCAUCCCAGAGUUUCGCUCUGGAUGCUGUUGACAGUCUGGUGCGGUGUGGCAUCCUGAUCAUGGAAGAGAUCCAAGGGGACGUUCCCAUCUGUGAUUUCUGGAAGAAGGAGGGCUCUCUGACCUGGACCUCCACUGACGACCCUUAUCACAGCGACUCUGACUGUGAGGAGCAGGACCUGCGUUCCUUCAAGAUAGGCCAGCCAAGUCAGUGUCCGGAGAUGCUCUUCUUCCUCUGCAGUAUGCUAGCUGGACAUCUGAGGGCACUGUGUUGGACCGUGACAGGACUGGACCUCAUAGACACACCUCUGCCAGAAAAAGAGUUUGUGGCUCAGAUACACUCCUAUCUGUGUGACACAGCAAGUAAGAAGAAACAGCACUACGAGACCUGCUCCGAGGAGGCUGCACACACCGCAGUUAGAACACUAAUAGACCUGGGGGUUCUCUCGGAGGAGCGCCAGAAGGGAGGCGUCUUCCUGGGUAUCGGCUCUUUGUUCCAGCUGUCAGAAAACAGGCAGAAAUUGCACCGCUUCAUCUCACAGUACCUCUACAAUUAAUGUGUUUAACUCAGCAGUGUGACUCGAGGCCUCGACACAGCUUUGUUUUGUUGCAGAGUCUGACCUCAUCUUCUGUUCGUGUCAGAGAAACUUGUGUUCAGUCAUGCUGAGCCAGGAUGCUCGUGCCUUUAGGUUAAUUGCGUUUUGAUUUUUCAGUGAUGAGACAUUGAUUUUAAGUUUAUCUUUAGUAAUAGCAUUAGCAUAAAGCCACAGGGGACGAGGAUUAUGAAGUCCCUGUAAUCAGUUGUGAGGACUCACUGUAGGAUGAUGAUGCUCAGUGCAGCUUGUGUUUCGACCAUGUUUAUGUUGUGAUGAAGGCUGCAGAAGUUUAGUUUGUUACAUUUGGAAAUGUUUUAGUUCUUUUUUCUGGUUUUUCACAAAUUGAUUCGUUCAAAUAAAUAAACGUUAUUUCAUCAUAAAUCCAGCACAUACGCAGAGUGGGUUUCACGUUCACAAACUAAACUCUUUUACAGCAGUAUAUUAUAAUAUUCCCAUUCCUAUAGAUUUAUUCCUAACAGCUCAUCAUUCUGGGUUGCUCUCCUGAAUGUAGAGCUCUCUGUGCUGACUCAGACCUCAGGAGAGUCUGUCUGUUCCAUGUAGACCUUUUGACACCAAGACGCAGAGACAAAUCGAUGCCUCGCUUUGAACGGGGCAGAGCUUUUUCUGGCAGGCGUUAGUAUUUUGGAGUUCACAGCUGACUGUUUGUGCAGUCAAGAGGCGGAGCGGCUGUUUUUUUUUUUCUUUUUUACCCUCCUAAACCGAGCACUCAUCAAAGCUGCGGUUCAUCAGCUCUCACUGACUGUGAAACUCUAUUGCCACCCAGUGUUAAACUGACGAUACUGUUGCGUCCUAAAUAGUAGUCACACACGCCCUUUGCUAUAGCGGGGUCCCGAAUCCAUACUACACACUACUGCUAAGCAGGUUUGAGUGUGUGUGUUCAGUGGAAAAGCGAUGUGGACAUUAUUCUCCAACAAUAGAGGAGCUGCUCACAGCUGGAAAGAAUUCAUGGUUUAGUUUGUGAUGGUGAUGAAACGGCUUGAAGAACACCUUAAAAACAAAUAAUAAGUCUGUUUCUUUUGAUUAAUUGGCCGUGGCAGUUUAUAGUCUCAGUUUGAUCAAAUGACUGAAGAAUCGUGUAUAAAACUGCGAAGCAUAUUGAUUUCUUGUAAAAACACUACACUCUAAAUAUUUGUUUACGCUGCUCACAGGCAGUACGUUGUAUGGUAUUGAGACACAGCUGAAGAAAAGGUAGAUGCAGCAUCACAACAUCAUAACCUUCACUGCAUUAGUUUUAUCUUAGCGUGCUGAUUAAAGUGACAACUGAGUAUAUUUCUAUAAUUUGCCAGAAGAGCGUCCUGCACAGAAAAUUUUCUUGAAAGAUUUAUGAUAUAAAUGAACUUCAUAUUCAAUUGUUGCUGUGAAUACAUCGGUCUUGACUGAUUUUAAAUUCUUUCAUAUUUACAAAAAAACCCAAUUGGUGGUUUGAUGCCCAGUGUCCCUGAGCAAGAAGCUGAACCCCAAAUUACUCCCAAUGUACAACAUCAUUUGAGAAAACUGAAAGCUGCUUUGGAAAAAAUAAUUUUCCAAAUUAAUGUAACGUAAUCCCUAAUUUUGUAAGUAAUAAUUUUUAACACAAUCAAGCGACUCAGUGGGCAGACAUAAUUACCAGGCUCAACACGUCACCUCAUCACAGUAUUGAAAAAUGUAAAUGGGUCUGUUCAGU